CCACAAAGUGCGGCUGGCUUCUGUUGAUGAUGAGAUGAUGAUUGUUGCACAACCUUGCACUUGGCUAUAUCGUACUGAUAACAUCUAAUGAGCUAGAAUCAAACGACAAUAAUGUGUCUGCAGUUUUUUGCUGCCAGAAUCGAAUGAAAAAUUGGGUUAGCGAACUUAGCUGUUACAUUUAUAGUACUAGUCCUGAUUUUCCACAAUUAAUCUUCAGUCAAAAGGUGCUUGCCAGGCACUGACGAUACCCAAAAGGCUAAAACAAGUGUAAACUGACUAUGGAGUCCAAAGAGUACAUGGAAGAAGAUUCUCACUCUGAGGAAGUAUAUGCCAGGUAUUAUGAAGAGCAGAAUGUUGUACAGGCCGAGAAUCCGGAUGCAGUUUUCCACCCAGAAAAUCAUCAACAGCAAAUGGAAGAAACCAGCAAUGUCGAGAUGGAGAUUGCCGAAGAAAAUUUAACCCAAAAUUCAUUGCUAAAAUAUCAGGAAGUUGAGACCAUUUUCCGAGCUGAAUACAAACAAAUUAUUUUCACACAAGAAUCGGAUAAAACGACUUUUUCGAUUCUCAGUGAACAAAAAUCAGAUCUUUUCAAACAAAUCAACGAUGAGAAGAGGCAGAUUGAAGAACUCGACAUUGAAAAUGAAUCUUUGGAUAGAAGGGUUCAGCUCUCGAAUUUGGAAAUUAGAAAUUUGCAUCAACAAGUACUUGGUAAUGAAGCCAUCGUUGAGAAACUGGGAGAAUUUGUGAAAACUCUGAAGCAAAAGAGUCAGAAGAAUCUUAAUAGAGCACAAGAUCAAAAGAAGAAAAUGGGACAUUCAGAAAAUUUGAAGUCUAGAAUCAACCAGCUUGAGACUGACAUAAAAAAUAGGAGAGAUGAGGAGAGUCAUAUAAAGAAUGAUCUUCAAAAACAAGAAAAUGAAAAUCAACUUUCAAAGCUUCAAAUUGCAGAGCACAAAGAGAGUUUGAGCAAACUUGUUCACAAAUAUAAUGAAGAAAACGACUCUAAAUUGAAGGACAUCAAUUCAUUGAAGGAAAGAAGAAAGAAUUUGGAAGAUUCCUUGAGGGAAAAGAAAGCACUCCUGGAAAAGUAUAAAAUUGAUAUAUCAAAAUCAGAAGAUGAACAUAAAAUAAAUAUUAACGCAUUGAAUAAGCAAGUUGAAGAAAAAAAGGGGCACCUGACACAUCUUCAGAAUCAAAACUGUAAUUUGGAAGAUGAAAUAGACGUUAUUAAGGAAGAAACUGAAAAUCUCAGAAAUGAUUUAGACCAAAAAUUGCAGACAUGGGAUGCUUUGAAACAAAAAUUGGCCGAACAAAUAGAAAGUUCAAAAAGUAAAUCUUCCCAACUAACCUUAGCAUCUGAAAAAUACAAAGAACUUUUGACAAACCACAAAUAUGAAACAGAACCCUUGGAGGAAAAAGUACGUCUUCUGGAGGAAGAAAACGAAAACUUGAGAAAAACUUUUGAAGUGAAGCUUAAGGAAUAUGCUGAUAAAUUAGAAGAAAAAAAUAAGGCUAUUGAAAGAAAACUUGCUACUGAUGAAAAGGCGAACCAAAACAGGCAGCUGAUGUUGGGUAUCAAACAGUUAGAUGAAAAAAUUUUGUUGAAAAAGCAGAAGACAGACUUGUUACAAGCUGAGGUGCAAAAAAUAAUAGAGGACAAUUUAGUUCAAACAUUGAUGAUAAACAAGGCUUACUUAAUGUCCUCUCAAGAAUAUUUGUCUGAAAAACUUGAAAAUCUCCAAACUGUCUUGAACAGUGCGAAAAAUUCCUGCGAGGAAACCCAAAAUAAGAAAGGAUUUUUAGAAUCACGUAUGGAAGAAGGCUCAAAAAAUCUUGCUAGCCUAAAAAAGCAACUGGAACAACCAACUGGCAUCCUAAAAACUGCUCUCAAUCAUAAGAAAAAUUCCACUUCUCCAAAAAAGGUGCAAUUCGUUGAUGUGUCCUCUUAUGAAUCCAGUAGUUUGAGUGGUGAAGUAGAAAAAGGUAUCACGCUUGAUCAAAUUUUUGAGAAUUUACAGAAAUCCAUGAAACCACCACAGGCCAUAAAAAAGAGAAGUCUCAAUUUGGACUGAGGAGAAUUUUUUUAAGAAAUAAUAUGUUAAAUAUUGAACUGUUCUCUUUUUUCAUUCCUGUCUUCUAAUUAGAUUAGUUGAAAAGCCAAUACCUUUUAUUUGAAAAAAUAUACUUUUAAUUAUUGAUUAGUUUGAAGAAACAUGUUCUUGUCACAAAACAG